CAAGUUUCAUAGCCUGGCCAACACAGUGUUACGGAACGAGCAGCAGAGCAGUCGGACCAAACAUGCCUCCUGCAGCAAAAAGCAAACUGGGCUACACACCACCAGAUGGAGGCUGGGGAUGGGUCGUUGUCUUUGGCGCUUUCAUCUCCAUUGGAUUCUCCUAUGCCUUUCCAAAGUCCCUCACCAUCUACUUUAAGGAGAUCCAGGAAUAUUUCUCAGUUUCCUACAGUGAGAUUGCCUGGCUGUCCUCAGUCAUGCUCGCUUCUAUGUAUGCAGGAGGACCUGUGAGCAGUGUACUUGUGAACCGCUAUGGCAGCAGACCUGUGGUUAUGGUCGGUGGGAUCCUGGUCAGCACUGGCAUGAUCCUUGCGUCUUUUGGAAGAACUAUCAUGCAUCUGUACCUUUGCGUUGGAUUAAUUGGAGGUUUUGGCCUCGCCUUCAACCUACAGCCAUCGCUGACAAUCAUAGGAACCUACUUCCAGAUCAAAAGACCUCUGGCCAACGGGCUCGCCAUGACAGGAAGUCCAGUUGUUCUGUUCACUCUGGCGCCUCUAAAUCAGUGGCUGUUUGAUCAUUUUGGGUGGAGAGGAAGCUUUCUCAUCCUAGGAGGCAUUGUUUUGCACUGUUGUAUAGCUGGGGCUUUGAUGAGACCAGUCAAUAAACAAGCCCAACCCAAACCCAAGGCUGAACCAGCGGGGUGCAAUGGGGAAGCCGCUGAGAAAGUUGCUUCUUCAGAAGCAAAUGCACAGUCAGACAAACUUCUGAGUAAAGAAAACGAAGAUGAUAGCCAGAGUCAGGGCUGUCUGGAAACGUUCAUAGAUCUCUCGCUUUUCAAACACCGGGGCUUCCUCAUUUAUCUCGUUGGUAAUGUUGUCUUGUUUUUUGGGUUUUUCGCGCCUGUGGUCUUUCUAGCUCCAUAUGCCAAACAUCAAGGGAUCGAUGAAUAUUCAGCAGCAUUCUUACUCUCUAUUUUUGCUCUAACGGACAUGUUCAUCAGACCGAUUACUGGCAUCCUUGGCAACACCAAGUGGGUUCGGCCACGCAUUCAAUACUUUUUCAGUUUUGCCGUUUUUUACAACGGUGUGUGCCACCUUGUCUGCCCACUGUUACCUGGAUAUUCAGGUAAGGUUGUUUAUGCAGUCUUCUUUGGCUUGGCGUUUGGGAUGCUUUCUGCUCUGCUUUUUGAAGUUCUGAUGGACCUCGUAGGAGCUCAUCGCUUCUCCAGUGCAGUUGGACUUGUCACUAUUAUUGAGUGUGGACCGGUGCUUCUUGGACCACCAUUAUCAGGGGCUCUGGUUGAUAUUUAUGGAGAUUACAAAUACAUGUACUACGCGUGUGGAGUGUUUAUGCUGGUGCCUGGCAUAUAUUUCUUCAUCAUGCAUUACUACAACUACAAGAAACUGGACGAGGAGCUCAAGCAGGAUGUGGCUGCGGAGCUGAGGACGUGUGAAGAGGCAGUACAACUCAAAAUGAUUCGGGAUGGGAAAACAAAGCAUGAAACAGAUGGAUGAAAAUGCUGAGUGUGAUUUUAUUUUAGUGGAUGUAGAAAGAUAACACUUUGCAGGCUUUACAGCAGGAAAUGCAGUAUAUGGGGUAUUAUUGAUAACAAUUAUUUUUCUCUAUUUUUGAUGAGGUUGUUGGAGUCUUCGGACCUUUUCAACACAGCUCAGCAUAUAGCAUUUUAGUGGUUAUAUCAAGUGCCAACUGUACAUUUAAUGGAUUUUGUUCAUAAAUCACAGAAAUGCUGCAGUCCCUUCCAAUGCAAUUAUAAUAAUGGCUCUAUAAACAAAUAUAGUUUCUUAUUUUUUUGCUUCUUUAGUGGCCGAAUAUAAAGUACUUUUCCAAAGGGACAGAUAAAAUAAAAAGGAGUAAAACCUAACAACUCAGAGCCAUAUCACCACUGUCUAUCGUCAUCUUACUACCACUAGAUGGCACUGGACACUACCAUAUGAGAACUCAAGGUGCAGCACCUCUCUGCUAUUAAACUGCAUUAAAUUGCAAUUAAACAUCAGGGAUGAUCAUGUAAGGGUUAGAUCUUUACAGCUUUGCUUUCCAAGUCUGGGUUGCGACACUCCCAUGGGCUGGCUGCUGUUAUGAAUGGGUCGCCAAGGGCAAAGCAAUUAAAGUAUGAGAAAAUUCAAUUUAUGUGGUUAAGUCUACACACUAUCUCUCUUACAAAACCUUCCCUAUAAUACCAUUUUGCUGUCCUUAACUCCCACUUUUGAUAAUUCCUCAAGUUUUAAUGGACAGUAAAAUAUGUUUUCAGUGCCCUGGGGAUCUGGAAAGUUGUUUUACUUCUGCAUCACUUUAGUACAGACAUACACAUUCAGUGUGAGGUUAUGAAAAUGUUUAAGCAUCUAACUUUCCAACAAGUUUUGGGAACAGUUUUUUUUUUUUAAACCAAAACAUUUGCACGUGCCGGUGAAGAACUGAAUGUUUUUAUCUACCCUUACUGAUGAAGAGCAGAGAAAGACAAGUGUAACACAGGCACAUUCAUCUAGCCAAAGGCCGAGUUUACAAAUAUGUCAGUAUUUUUAAAGUGAUGCUUUUAGUUGUUUCUGUGCAGAUACAUAUUUAGCUUAUGUGUGUUGUGAAGGACUUAUUAAAACAAAAUCAAAUAUUCUGCCUCAUCCAUGACGUUGUUGAGAAAAUAUCUGACGGCUGAGAAACAUCCGAUGUGCGAUCCUACAUCAGGUCGCAUCAUUCCACCACAGGUCAGACUUUAUAUUCUAACACACUGCAUGAUUUCAGCACCUUAGAGCCAGGCCUUGAGCACCUGCAAUAAAAGAUACAAAGUGGAGCUAUUCAGGGUAAGAACAAUGCCAUUAUUAGAGAUGUAUGCUUAAAUGAUCCAUUCUUAUCAUGUCCCUGCAAGGUGCAUAUUGACUUCCUUCUCAAAUGGACGAAAAUUGCUUAAGUGAGGUAAUCAAUACGUUUAUUUAUAACCUUAGAUAACAUUAUCUGAAAAUCAGAUAAACUGUGCAAGUUCAUGGCUUAUGCUUGGGUGGUCUGUUCUUUGGAUAUUGGUUUCAUUUCAAUCAACUGAAAUAUAUUACCGUUGGGUAAUUCACCCAAAGUGGUUAUUUUGGUUCAGUUUUAGACACAACAAGGUCAAGUUUGACCUUAAAACCGCCACAAAUGCAUAUUAUGUUUAGUUGUAAAUACAUCAAGUGCCAUAAUGAAGGAAGUGUGCGCAUCUUCAAUUAAAGUACCACGACACGCUGUACAAAAGUGCCAUUACAAGUAUAAGUACUGCAUUCAAAAUGUAACUUGUGUAAAAGUAUAUACUUAAUAUCAGCAAAUGUACCUAAUGUAUCCAAAGCACUUAAUGCUGAGAAAUAGCCCUUAUCUAAUGAGAUACUAUAUACUGUAUAUGUUAUUAUUAAGUAUAUUGCUGUAUUCAUAUUACUCAUGCAUUAUUGUGUAAGUUUCAUUUUAUGGCAGCAAAUCCUGAUUAUUUUCGUUAUGGAUUUUUUUUCUUUUCAUCAGUCCGUCUUCUAGUGUGUGGUUUGUGAGAUGUGGGACAAUAGUGGAAAAUGGCCAUCACAAUUACCCAGAGUUCAAAGUGACAUUAAAAAAAGUACUGUUUUGGCUGAACUUUUUACAAUAAACACUAUUUGUAAACUUCA